AAAAAUCAAAGAGGUGUGUAUAAGCGCGUACAGUAUAAAAUCCUUUCCGGGCGCUUUUAAACGGUGACAAAAGCCACCUGCUAAGGAAGGGCGGCCUAUUUUAGUUUUAUUUUACCCCUAAAGGACAGAAACCGAAACAUUGCAUGGGGUCAUUUAUUCAAAGGGAGAACGUAUAAGUAUUAUUUUUCUCUGAAUGAUUUCCGUUAUGUUAAACUUUCAUUUUAGUAGGUCUAUUUAGCGUUUUGUAGGCUGGCUACCGUUGUUGGCCGGACCACGUUGCCAGCGUCCGCUAGUAGCUCAUGCAGAUUGUCAACAUUAUCUGAUUGUUGUAACAUCUAUUUUAGCUAAUCAAUGCUUUUACAUCAGUUUGCUAAAGGAGCGCUGGAAGGCAUGCAUCCCACAAUUUCGAAAGACACUACUUUUACAAAGAUUUUCGUGGGUGGUUUGCCAUACCACACCAAUGAUGCCUCUCUAAGAAAAUAUUUCGAAGCAUUCGGAGACAUUGAAGAAGCUGUUGUGAUAACGGACAGACAGACCGGUAAAUCCAGAGGAUAUGGAUUCGUGACCAUGACAGAUAGGGGGGCUGCAGAGAGGGCUUGCAAAGACCCCAACCCCAUCAUUGAUGGCAGGAAAGCUAAUGUCAACCUGGCAUAUCUGGGCGCCAAACCUCGUGGUCUGCAGGCAGGUGAGCAAGCAAGAGGCCUCUCCUUUGGAGUACAACAGAUUCACCCCACGCUGAUCCAGAGGCAGCAUGGACUGCUUCAGCAGUACAUUUAUCCACAGGCCGUCGUACAGCCCAGCCUCAUAGUUCCCUCACAGAUGUCCUCCAUCAAUUCACCCUACAUGGACUACAGCGCCCCCUAUGCUCAGUAUGCCUCAACUGCAUUUGAGCAGUACCCCUACGCCGCCUCCCCAGGCUUCCUCAGCUACGGCUACGCCCCGAGCCCAGCCCCCACUGCUCCUGCUCCGGGCUCCGUCCAGCAGCCCCUGGUCUCGGCUGCCCCCCUGGCAGCCCCCGGCUUCAUUCAGUACACCCCCCAGCAGCUACAGCUGGACCGCAUGCAGUGAAAGCAGGGCAUGGGGGGGUCGGGGGGGCAGCACGACAGCCAUUGCACUACAACAGCAGUACCAGACCCCGUUACUGAGACAUUGGACUUCUGGCAUCAAAGGGCUUCUUGAUAAUGCACUCCAAGUCGUUUAUUAUACUACUGUCAUUGUCCUUCAUAUUGUAAUUUUAUAGUAAUUAUUGUAUUUUAACUGAUGGAGACCUCAUUCGUGUGAGCUGUCAGAAGCAGCACUGGGGUGAGCUGUGACAUUUCAGCGUCACGUAAGAGAUGGCUAAGGUCAUCUCCAGCAGGAUGGGGCACGAUCAAUGAAUGGCAGAGCUGGAGGAGGGCAGAGCUGGUGGCAAAGCCUGAGGUAAGGGAGGAGUCAGACUUGGGAGGCGGAGUCAGACUUGUGAGGCGGAGCCAGAGGCGGAGCUGGAGAGGGCAGGGUGCUGCUCUGCUUAUCAAGAGGAGUUCUGCCGAUAUUGGCCUUGUUUCCACACUUCCCUUCCCGCUGGAGCGAGGGAUGGCUCAAACGUCUCCCGAGCGAAGCAUGGACAGAGACUUUAGAUUCCCUUUUUUAACGAGGCCUUAACUUCUGUAUCAACGUUGGUUCAACUGUGAAUAUUUUUUGGCCAUUUCUUGUCUACACAGCAUUGAACACCAAUGUUUAGUUCUCGCGUGUCAAUUUAAUGCUCACUUUCCACGUUUCAUGGUUAAUCGUAGAUAAUCGAUAGAUUCAGUAUGCAAAUUUUAAUAGCUGGAUCGUUUGGCGAGGGUGAGGAAAAAUUGGUGUGGUAGUUGACACUCAUACCUUGUGUUUCACGCAACUGUUCAUCUAAGAUGAUCAUAUUAUCUUUUUAAAAGGACAUUUACAUGUUAAAUUGCUGCAGCUAAAGAAAUUACAGUAUUUAUGUUUCAAUUAUUUAAAGGGUAAAUUACAGACUCUCUAGAUAGUUUGUAUUUAUUUGAAAGAGAAAUGUGAUCAGGCCUUGCUGGUGGAACACGGUGUUCAGUAUAUCAGCAGUUUAUCUGUCAUUUUCGUCUCAUCAUUGCAGCUUCCUGACAGUUACACAUUUCAGCACCAUGUUAUCUGUGUACAACAAAGCCAUACAGGAUAAAUAUGAAUAAAUAAAAUGCAUUUGUAAAUAAGGGCA